UGCAAAAAAUAAUAUUAUCUCAAUAUUUUUCAUUUAAUUGCAAUUAUUGACACAGGAUUGUGGAUAAUACUCUUUGUGGACAAUAUCUCACGUGUUCUUAAGUAAUAUUAUAUCACAAUAAUGAAUUUUUUGGACGUGAGAAAAUCGAUAAAUAAAGAAAUUGAAAUUUUAAUAUUAACAAAUUCCAUCAACAAUGAAGUUCAGGAUUUGCCUAUGUGUGUGCAAAAUAUAUUAAAUGGAGAUUAUGAAAAUAUUAUGAAUGAUGAAUUAUUUUCAAUUCUAAUUCAAGAAUUAAAUGAUGGCAACAACAUUCCUAAGUUUAUAUAUGAUAAUAUAAAAAAAACAGAUUUGUAUGAUUUAUGGUUAUGCACAGGCAUAGCUUCUUUAUUAUAUUUCAUUCAACAGAAUUGGACAGGUCCAGAAAUUAAAGAAAACAUUAAAUGGCAAAUUAAUAAAGAAAAUAUACUUAAAGAUCUAUCCUUACACGAUGAAUAUAAUGCAAAUGUUAAAAUGUCUCAUCUUCUUUAUUUUUCUAAAAUAAUAUUCUCAAAUGAAAUUCUACAAAAUGCCUAUGAGAGCUGUAUAUGGUGGCUAUUUAGGACAAAUCUUUUACAUCAACUUAUACUAAAUGAAAGUUCUGGUAUAAUAUUUGAUGAGACAGAACAGUUAAUUCAGAAAAUCAGUAAUUUGCAGCUGUUAAAAGAAGACCUUUAUUGUGAGACAUUACUUUAUAUUGAAGUUGCACAGUUUUAUUUUUAUUAUAAGAGAAUUCAAAAUUCAGAAAAAUAUGUUGAACUUGCUCAGGAAAGAGCAAAAUUGAGUUUAAAUCUUGAAGGUGCGUUAGGUAAACGUACAAAAUAUCAAGAAGACAAGGCACAGUUAUUUUUAAGAAUAACUUUAGAAAAAGAACAAUUUCCUUCUAGAAAUUGUAAAAAUUUACCAAAGUCUAUAGAUUUAAAUGACGAUAUUAGAUUAGAACAUAUUGAAUUUUCAAGAAAUAUAGAAAAUACACAAAUGGGAGCAAUAGAAGAAGCUAUUGUAUUAGCAAAAUAGUAGUAGUAAAUAAUACAAGAAAUUGGUCCUUAAAAAUGGCAUCUCUUUAUUAUCGAUGUUCCUUGGAAUCUGGGGAUAAACGAACUGUUGAACGAUCAAUGAUACAAAUGGAAUAUUUAAUACAUGAAUUAAACAAAUCAAACGUCUCUGUUGCAAAUAGAAUGGAUUUAUUCUUUGCCAGUGGUCUUAAGCCAAUUUGGACUUUAGAACAAAUGUGGGCACAAUUGAUGUUGAAUCUUGGAUUGGUAAAGGGUGCUUUAGAUAUUUUCUUGAAGCUUAAGUUAUGGGAAGAAGUUAUAGCCUGUUACAAUGUAUUGGAACUGAAACACAAAGCAGCAGAAAUUAUACAACAAGAAAUAUCUAAGAAGCCAUCAGUCCAAUUAUGGUGCUUAUUAGGUGAUGCAACUCAAAAUCCUAAUUAUUAUAAAACAGCAUGGGAACUGUCCAAUGAAAAAAGUAGUAGAGCCCAAAGACAGUGGGGAUUUUUUUAUUUUGCCAAGCAAGAUUAUGAAAAAGCUAUACCGCACUUAAAAUUAUCAGUUGAAUUAAAUAACAUACAAGAAAAUGUUUGGAUAAGACUUGGAUUUGCUGCUUUACAAGUGGAAGAUUGGAAAUUGGCAGUAACAGCAUAUAAACGUUAUUGUGCCCUAGAACAAAUGACAUUCGAGGCAUGGAACAAUUUAGCAAAAGCUUAUAUAAAAUUAGGCGAUAAAGCAAAAGCAUGGAAGUCUCUUCAAGAUGCUAUUAAAUGUAAUUAUGAUCAGUGGCAAAUUUGGGAUAAUUUAAUGGUUGUCAGCAUUGAUUUGGGACAUUUUUCAGAAGUGAUUCGAUGUUAUCAUCGUAUUUUAGAUUUGAAAAAUCAUCAUUUAGAUGUUCAAAUUCUUGAUAUACUUACUAAUGCCGUAUUAAACAAUAUAAAUGAUUCAGAUGGAAAUUUUACACAAAAAUUACUUCCAAAAGUUUUGGAGUUAUUUGGAAGAAUUACUUCAUUCAUACCUAAUAAUUCUGACGUUUGGAGAAUGUAUGGGCAACUUACAGCUCUUAAAAAAACUGAUAUUGAUAAUGAAAAAGCAGUACAAUAUUUACAGCAAGCACAUCGUAUUGCUCUAUCAGAUCCCAAAUGGCUUUUACAUGAAGAAUCUGUUGAGAAAGUAUUACAAUUAUCUCAUAUAUUAGCAGAAACAUACUUGCAAUGUAUACUUGCCAACUGUGAACUUAAGAAAAAAAGAACGCUAUUGGCAAGCGCAAAAUUAUCUCUUCAAGGAAUUAUAAAAAAAGUUAAAGAUAAAGAGUGGAAUACUGGAAAAAUUUAUGUAUCAAUGGAAAAAGUUGAAAAAUAUUUAAAUACUAUGGCAUUUGCUGGAAAAGUUGUAUUAAUAACUGGAGCUAGUUCUGGCAUUGGUGCAGCAACUGCUGUACAUUUUUCACAACUUGGUGCAUUAUUGUCAUUAACAGGUCGUAAUUUACAAAGAUUGAAUGAAGUAGCUGAACAAUGUAAGUCUAACAAACCAUUAGUUAUAACUGGAGAAUUAAAUAAUGAAAAGGAUAUUGAAAAUAUUAUGAAAACUACUAUCAAACAUUAUGGUAAACUGGAUGUCCUGGUUAAUAAUGCUGGUAUAUUAGAAAAUGGAAGUAUAGAAAAUACUUCAUUAGGACAAUAUGAUAGAGUUUUCAACACAAAUGUACGUUCAAUAUAUCAUUUAACAAUGCUAGCUGUCCCACACAUUGUUGAAACUAAAGGUAAUAUUGUGAAUGUAUCCAGUGUUGCUGGAUUAAGGUCCUUCCCAGGAGUUUUAGCAUACUGUAUGAGUAAAUCAGCAAUUGAUCAAUUCACACGAUGUGUGGCUCUUGAACUUGCACCAAAACAAGUAAGGGUUAAUGCUGUGAAUCCUGGUGUAAUAGUAACAAGGCUUCAUAAAACUAGUGGAAUGUCAGAAGAAGAAUUGAAAGCAUUCUUUGCUAAGAGCAAAGAUACCCAUGCACUUGGCAGAUCAGGAGAUACUUCCGAGGUUGCAAAAGCUAUUGCAUACUUGGCAAGUGACGAAGCUAGUUUCGUUACUGGUGUAACAUUAUCUAUUGAUGGAGGAAGACAUGUUAUGUGCCCUCGUUAAAUUAUUAUUCUAUAUAUAGAAUAACAAUUUUAUAUUUUUGUAAUUUGUCAAAAAUUAUAUUCAACAUUUAUAUAUUAUAAGCUUAUAAAAGCAUUGUAUUUUUUUUUAAAUGUUUCUCACGUUAAAAAAAAGAUAAUGUUCUUCAAUAAAUAGUUUAAACUUGAUUUUUUAUUAUGUAAUUCUUAUAAUAUUAAUAUCUUUAUAUAGGUUAAUAUCUAUACUAUUUCCAUACUUGCUAACUUACAAACAUAA